GCGAAACAUGCGAAGAACAUGCCAGUUGCCAACUCAUAUACAUGUACCGGUAUACAAACCUCUAUAGCAGACGCUAAAUAAGCCAGAAUGUAUCUGUACGAGCUGCAAAAAGUUAAGAGAUCUCUGUACGCCUGGAAUGCCGUGGAUGUGGAGAUUGGCGGUCUCCUUCAAUACGGCCACGUCAUUGGCCUGGAAGAAACUGACGGAACAACGCCGCGUUUGAUCGUCGACUUGGGCUGUCCGACCCAGGAUGCAGUGCUAGUGAAAGAAGGGGCGAUCUUCGACAGCUCUUUGCGCCCUACCUCCAAGAAACGCCCGCCCACGGGAGAGCAGGUGGAAGUGCUGAUAUUCGAGCACAAGAAUGGUCCCUGGAAAUGGUAUCCGGGCAAGAUCUUGAUUAAGUCCUUCCUCAACUUGGAAAAGACAGCGCUGAUAGAAGUGGAAAUCAAUGGCUAUCGUCAGCGCGAACUGCUUCCCGAAAAACAGAUCCGACGACCGCUUUCGCUGGAUAAACAACAACAAAAGCGUCUGCAACCAGGACACUUCGUCUUGCGGACGUGUCGUGUGCCGAACGGUUACUGGACGUUGGACCGGUUUGUAGCAGAUGCAUUGUGCCGUAAGGUAGAAAAGAAAUUUCAUCUUCGCUUUACGCGCGUCCUCAGCCAGGAGCUGCACUACGUGCGGCGGUGCAAUGAGCCUCCAAUGGAUGAUGCGGAUGUGACGAAACUUUUCGAAAGCCAGAAUGGGAAAUGUGUACGUUCUCCUAACGAAAAGUCGUGUCUGAGCGAACGAAAGCGGAAAAAGCGCCAAACUGCAGGGGAUUGCGGUUUAGCAUUGCCAGUCGAGAUCCUGAAGGAGAUCUUCCUGUCACUGCACACCGUCGGUCAACAGCGCUGCCGACGCACCUGUCAACUGUGGGAUGCCGUGCUGACAUCGGGAGACGAGUGGAGAACAUUCGUGCGCAUACAGAUAGAGGCAGAGGACGAUUAUGCCAUUCAUCCAUACAUUGGGUAUAAUUGCCUCUUCAAGCACAUCACGCCCGGUACGCGAACAAUCUGCCUGCAAGAUCCGGAAUGUGGUCUUGACUACGAGGACCGCGAAGAUUGGAUUAAGAUCAACGAAGCUGUGAACUUGAUUAGAAAAGUCCUGGACGAUGGAGGCAUACGCAUCGACCGAUUUAUCCUGCACCAACGCGAGAUGUUAAUUGACUUAUCCGAACUGCCGCUGAAAAUGUUUUUCGCCGAGACAGCCGCGCUGUAUUCCACACUGGCAUCCUGCUGUGACCGUUUAAUAUUGAAGCAACACCGCCUGAUUUAUCAGUGCAUAAAUGAUAAUUCCUGGGAAUUCCGUAUUCCAACGGCUGCCAUGAAUCCAGGCAGUGUGGACGAAGCGCAAAUUUGGGAUGUGUUUGAGAAGCAUCUGUGCUGUGUUGGACCGAAGAGAGAGCUGUACGAAAGGCAUCGGUGUCAUCCGCCGGUCGACAGGCAGCGUUUGACCCACUGCCUGGCGAAUUUGAUUAACAGCCGAGAGAGGGCGUCGAUUGUGAAGAAGAUUCUGAAGGAUUACCAAACUUGCGAUCCGCGUUCCUCCGCUUCUUACCGGAAUUCGAAGUGGAUUUUGUAUAAUAUGGCGAACAUGGACGUCGGAAAGCUGAACAAACUGUGCCUGCUUGCCUUGUGGCGCGAAAUGGCGUUCUGGUCUGAUUCAUCCUCGGAUGAGGAAGAAGGCAACAGCGACAGCUCAGAUUCCGACAACUAGGGACGGCGCAUUACUGGUGAACCUUGUUACAUUUAGCGCUAUAUUCUUAUACUUUGUACUAUAUAAUUGCACCAGACUGCGCAUUGGCAAACCGGGACGCAGCUCUCAUGGUCGGGGCUGCAGACUUAGCUCUGCCUGUUUCAUCAUAACAACAUUAUCCAGAUUCAGAUCUAUAUUGCCACGAAUGGGAUACACCAGAGCCGGCAAACCAGAAAAGACUGACCAAAACCAAUAAUAUUAUAUUCUGAAAGCCCGUAGUCGAAAACCCGGCCAGAUAGUACUCAUUUCAUUCAAAACCUCUC